AUGGUCAAAAUCCUUGCCGUCUUGGCCGCUCUCUCGGCCGCUGUUGUCCCAGUUGCCGCCGACAACUGCACACGCGGUCUGUACUACUGCGGAUGGCUUCUUCUCCAGAUAGGAGGAUAUUUUCCGCAGAUUGACGAUGCGUUUCACAAUGCAGGGCUGGCCACCAGCCGCGACCAUGUCAAUCGCGGGCUAUUUUACUGUCUUGGCGGCGAUAACGGGGAUAUCCGUUUUGUCACCUUGUGCGACGCUGUUUGCCGUGAUGCCGACGGUGGAAACAGUUUUUGCUAA